UUGAGUCGAGGUUUGACAUAUAAUCCAUGAUUUGUAAUCCACGCAUUGGGUCUUUAGAGGGAAGAGUUCUUUUAACCAUUUCUAGCAACUCGCCUUCCCGGCUCCUGACGUACUUUUGAAAAGUGGCAUUCUGGAUUCCGGAACCUCUUCCAUCUUCAUGCUGCAUUCUCACUCAUUUUCUCUCUCCUCCACUCUGGGCAAAUUGAGUUUACCUAGGGCUAAUAGAAGCUCUAAUUGCCCAAGAUUUUCAAUGGUUUCAACGGAGAACAACGGCCACAAAAUGAAAAUACCGCAUGUUAUGACGGUGGCGGGUUCGGACUCGGGGGCGGGUGCAGGAAUACAGGCUGAUUUGAAGGCCUGUGCUGCACUUGGGGUUUAUUGUUCAACUGUGAUCACAGCUGUUACUGCUCAGAAUACUGUUGGGGUUCAGGGUGUCAACAUAUUGCCAGAGGACUUUGUGGCUGAGCAAAUGAAGUCUGUGCUUUCAGAUAUGGAAGUUGAUGUGGUUAAAACGGGUAUGCUUCCUUCUGUUGGUAUGGUCAAGGUCCUCCUCCAUUCCAUCAAGGAGUACCCAGUUCAAGCUUUGGUGGUGGAUCCUGUGAUGGUAGCAACCAGUGGAGAUGUGCUGGCUGGUUCGUCUGUUCUACCUGUAUUUAGGCAAGAGUUGCUUCCUAUGGCUGAUUUAGUGACACCAAAUUUAAAAGAGGCAUCAUAUUUGCUUGGGGGCAUGCACCUUGAAACGGUUGCUGACAUGCGGUCUGCUGCAAAAUUGAUACAUGAUAUGGGUCCACGAAAUGUGCUUGUGAAAGGUGGUGACCUCCCUGCCUCAAUGGAUGCAGUUGAUGUAUUCUUUGAUGGAGUAAAUUUGUAUGAAUUGGGCUCAACACGCAUUAAUACCCGUAAUACUCAUGGCACUGGAUGCACAUUGGCAUCAAGUAUUGCAGCUGAGUUAGCGAAAGGUUUACCAAUGCUUUCAGCUGUUAAGAUUGCCAAACGUUAUGUUGAGACUGCCUUGAAUUACGGAAAAGAUAUGGCUAUUGGUAGAGGACCUCAAGGCCCCUUUGAUCACUUGUUAAAGCUUAAAGUCUGCAGAUCAGUUGCGCCUCGUGCUUUCUGUCCAUCAGAUUUAUUCCUCUAUGCUGUUACAGAUUCUGGGAUGAAUGGGAAAUGGGGCCGUUCUAUUUCAGAUGCUGUUAAAGCUGCUAUAGAAGGAGGAGCAACCAUUGUUCAACUCAGGGAAAAGAAUUUGGAAACCAGGGACUUCAUUGAAGCAGCCAAGGAGUGUGUCAGCAUUUGCCACUCUAAAGGAGUUCCAAUCUUAAUAAAUGACAGAGUUGAUGUAGCAUUGGCUUCUGAUGCUGAUGGUGUGCAUGUUGGCCAAUCUGACAUGCCAGUAUCUCUUGUUCGAUCUCUUCUAGGACCUGAAAAGAUUAUUGGUGUUUCAUGUAAGACCCUACAACAAGCUCAUGAAGCUUGGAUCAAUGGGGCUGAUUAUAUUGGUUCUGGUGGUGUUUUUCCAACUAACACUAAAGCAAAUAAUAAGACCAUUGGCUUGGAUGGCCUGAAAGAGGUCUGCUUGGCAUCAAAACUACCUGUGGUUGCAAUUGGUGGUAUUGGCUUGUCCAAUGCUCAUUCUGUUAUGGAAAUCAAUGUGCCAAAUUUGGAAGGUGUUGCCGUUGUCUCAGCCCUUUUUAAUGCCGAAUGUGUUUCUUCGGCAACUAAGCAGCUGCAUGAAAUUCUAAAGCAGGCUGUACAAACAAGAAAGUAGGGAAAGAAGAGUCGUGAUGGAAAUGUUGUUGCUGUUCAUAAUUCUGAUCAUGUGUGCUCUAAAAUGCAUUUUUUGGUGAGGUGAGUUUAAAGCUUAACAUACAAUGCUCAACAGAUGAGAAGGAUCAUGUGGAAGACAUUAGAGAUCUCAUGCCUUUCAUUGACUCAUUCUAUUUGCUCUUGAUUAUUGAUUUUGGAUUCAUGGCUACAAUGAGAAAUGGUUGAUCCAUUUA